CCUAGCCUAGAUUAGCAGCCCAAGACCUAUUUGAAGCUAUUAUUUUCAAGGUCGGGGAAGAGCCAUUUGCUUGGAGGGAAACAUCCAUCAAAUUAUGCAAGCAUGAUAUAAUUUUCACAAAGACUACUGAAUACUAGAACUAACAACAUUCACAUUUGGUUAUGCCUAAGAUUUGUCAUAUUCCUCUUACUUUGGCACUAUCAGUGAUCAUCAUAACCAUCGACACUUGACACCACGUUCCUUAUUUGAUAAAAUGCACUAUAAACACCAAAAUCAUCCACCUCAACCUUGGAAAAAAUGCAUAUAAGAGGGAAUAGUGGAAAUAUCAUUUUCUAGAAGGGUAAGAAGGGUUCACCUCCAAACUCUACUCAUGAUUCUUAGCGAUUGCAACUACUUAUUUUGCAAGGCAAGGGGAGGAGAAAAAAUAGACUUGAUUUGGGGGAUCCAACUCCUCCAAUAUCUUUCCCCAUAGAUGUAACAACCAUGAAGCCUUCCUUAUCACAUAAUCUAAUCCUUGAAGAUGCCACCUUACAAGCCAUAGAAGUAGAACUUUGUUAAUCCUCCAUCCACAUGUUGAUUAUUUUUUCCUCUUCCUCUUCAACAAAUGGAUUGUUCCUUCCACCUUAAACUCUCACCAAAAUCCUCUUAAAAGUCUCCAUUGUAGCCUUCACCCUUUACAUGUCUUUGCUCCUUCAAAGCAUUACCCACUUUGAACUUUAUUUAAAACUUAUUUUUUUCGAUUACCACUUUCAUCACAAUCUUCUUAAUAACGAUUUUCAAAAAGCUCCCAUAACUAUAUAAUUAAUAUAUUUAUGCAUUCAUGUAAUUAAAUUUAUUCUUUCCUAUAUUUAUCCCCAAUGUGUAAUGUAGAAUAUAAGUAAAUUUGUGUGAAUGAUAUUGAAUGAAAGGAGAUAACAAAAUUUUGGUAGAAAAGAAAAGAAAAAGACAUUGAAAAAAAAAGAAUUUAAACCACCAAUAAAUUAUGAUUUACAAACUAUUUUAUUUUGAGGAGAAGACUUACCCCAUGUCCCCAUGGGGUUGCUUAAGUGCAAUUUCUACUUGAAAUAGUGUUCCCAUGCAAAUUUUUAAUUAAGAAGAAAAGAUAAGUUGGAAUCUUUUCCUAUUUAAGUGGAGCAGCAGCUGCUUAAAACUUAAAAAUAAGCUUUGAAAAAAAGGAGGGGCUGGAAAGCGGCAACUGCUUAUUUGAGAAGAUUGACAUGUGGCUCUCCAAAACAGUUUCCCUCCUUUGAUUUGUUUCCAAUUUUUUCUCCACAAUUUAUGUGACCAAUUAGAAUUAAAUAUUUCUUUUAAUAAUGCAAUUUAAGAUAACUGCUUAUUUUAUAAGCAGCAAAAUUAUGGGGACCUGCCCUUAGGUUGGGUCCAUGGAGGAGAUCUUCCUUAAAAAUAGAGCUAGAGCUGCUGAAUUGUAAAUAAAUUUAGGAAUAUUUUAAUUUUAAGCUCUUAAAUUUAAGCACUCUAGUGGUAAGUAAAUUUAGUUUUUUACAGUUUUUGGUGGGAAUCAAUCUGAAAUAAUUGACAAGUGACAUUAAAUAUUACUAAGCUAGUGGGGUAGUUGUGUCCCCUGCUUAUAACUAAAGUUUCAGGGCCACAUCAUCAAGUAUGGUGCCACAUCAACAUGCUUUUUUGCUAAGGUGUCCAAAACAGUCCAAAAAAAAGGUGAGACCAAUAGUCGUGCAAAAAGGCCCCUAUACUUGUGCAGCUGAUGUGGCAUCACUUGAUUGGUUGCUUUUAACAACUAAUGGUACAUUUUAUAGCAAUAACAACUUUAAAGUCACAACUAUUGGUUCAAUCUAUUGUAAUUAUUAAUAUAUAAACAAACAAAAAAUAAUAUUCUAUGUUUCAAAUAAUAAAUUUUUAGUUGUAUUAUUAUUAAAAAAAAUAACAACCACCUUCAAAACUCUUCAUGGUCAACUACUGUGCUCUUCCCUAACUCAUUCUUAGAAUUUUAUCAUAUUAUUAUAAAUAUCAUGUUUCCCAUUACAAACGUUCUUGGACACACCCAACGGUUAAAAACCAACAUAAAACGUCCAUGGAUUGAAUCUUGAUAUUAUAGAUCUGUGUUUUGUUGCUCCACAUUCCGUAGAUUUGCAGAAGAAAAUAAGAGAUGGAUUCCGAGACAGACAGGCUUUCUGCAUUAUUAGAUAAUUCUCUUUCAAGUCGUAUUCUGUCAAAAAUUUCUUACAGAGAUGUUGUACGUUGUUCCCUGCUCUCCAAGAGAUGGCGAUUCCUAUGGAAGGAGAUGCCCAUUCUCGUUUUUCGUUGGCAAGAUUUUGAGAAACAAAAAGAUGACGAGAUAUGCACCAUAAUUUGCAAUGCUCUGUUUCACCAUGAUGUUCUUCACUCUUUUCUCCUUAAAAUCGCCUUGGACGACCCCAAGACUGCCGAUUUGAACAAUUGGAUUCGCCUUGCAGCUGAAAAACAGGUGAGAAGCAUAGAGCUAAACAUCUCCUAUAGAGAUCCCAAGACUGGUAAGAGGAUUGACAAUUCUUCCAUGGUGGAUCUUGGGGACUCUGUUUUUAGCUGUGAAAAUCUCACUUCCCUAACAUUGCAAUAUAUCAAUCUUCCCAAGGUACCAACUGAUUUUGGGAUUUUCGAGUUCCUGAAAACAUUCAAUUUUAUCAAGAACCUGAGUGUGGACGAUACCACUUUAGAAGAAUUCAUAGGCGUCUGCCCAAAUCUUGAGAAUUUGGAAAUUCGCAGUUGUAUGGGGUUGAAGAACUUGUAUAUAGAUGCUCCCACUCUCAUGUACUUGAGUCUAGGAAAUCUGAGCCCUGAAAUAUCAUUGCAGAUGGAUUGCCCUCUGUUGACAGAAGUCAAUCUCAUGGAUUGUGGGAAAUACCAAGGGAUUAGAUUACUACAAGGAAUUUCAAGCAAAGAAUCUGUAACAGUAAUUAGUCUUCAAAAUUAUAGUAGAGGCAAGGCCGUUAAUUUAGAGCUUCCUAGCAUUACUGUUCUUAAUGGGUUUCCUGAGCUUGAAGAGUUGAUAAUCCAUGGCCAAUGUUUCCAGGAGAUGAUAUCAGAUGAGAUUCCAGUACCAGAGUUGACAUUGCCAAAAUUGGAAAUGGUGGAUGCCCAUAUUGGACCAGACAAUGGUGUACAGACAGUGACUUUUCUGGGUCUUCUUCUUAGAAGUAGUCCAGUGAAUGUUACAAGGGUCUUUCUAUGGGAACGUUGCCCUACAAUCAUGCGAAAAAAAUUGCAAAAUUUGAAAAAAGAGUUCUCAAAAUCAAGAGUAUCCAUUGCCACAAGAGGAUGGUCAAUGGAGUGGAAAGAACACUGCCCAUUGUGUAGUCGAUACAGACAUUGAAAACCAUUUCCUGCAAUAUCUUCAAAGACUUACUAAGUUUUCCUUGUCAAGAAACAUUAUGAGCUAUCUUUUUGAAUGGCCAACACUGUUGUACUUUCAUAGGUAUGGAAAAUGGGAUGGUUAUGUUAUUUGAA